AUGUCGAAAAAUGGAAUCCCCAGUUCACAUAUAUCAGCCCCUCGUCCCCAGCGAGCCUCCCCUUCCUCAUCCCUCUCCCCCGACCCCUUCAUCUCAAAUUGGCGCGUCCGACUAUCCAGCUGGUGGAAGUAUACCUCUACCUCGUCUGCUACGUCGUACUCGCAGCUGCCGCAGUAUCCGACCGACUCCGACCGAUACCAGGUCCAGCAGUCUCCGACAUUGGCGUGCGACAACGACGACAGUGACAACGGACCCGUCAUGGAUGCGCCGUGGCUGUCGGCGGCCCGGUGGCGCACGUUCUGGCUGGCUACAGUGCUGUGCUGCGGUGGGGCGCUGUUUGGGUAUGACUCGGGGGUGAUUGGCGGCGUCCUCACUUUCAACUCAUUCCAAGAUUCCUUUGCAUUCACACAAGCCCAGAAGACACGAGUCAGCGCCAUUGCCGUGGGCAUUCAACAGGCGGGGGCCUUGGCCGGAUGUUUCCUGGUGUGGCCGGUGACGAACCGGUGGGGACGACGGGCGGCGAUGAUGGUGUGCUCGGUAGUAUUCUGCAUUGGGGUGGUGCUGGAGGUGGUUGACACGCACUCACUGCCGGCAUUCUAUAUCGGGCGCGUGGUCUGCGGGCUUGGAAUCGGCGGGUCGGCGACCGUGAUCCCGAUCUACAUGUCGGAGAUGAGCCCGAAGGAGGUCCGCGGGCAGCUGGGUAGCUGCUACCAGCUGACCUACACAAUAGGCAUCCUAGUCUCGUACUGGAUUGACUACGGCGUCAAGAGCAUGCCGGCCACCGCGCGCCAAUGGCAACUCCCCAUCGGGCUGCAGCUCGUGCCGGGUGCACUGAUGGGGCUGGGUAUGUUCUCGCUGGACGAGAGCGUGCGCUGGCUCCUGGGCCGCGGCGAUAACGCCGGCGCCUGGCGCAGCCUCGUCUGGAUCCGGGCCGGCGAGCACCCGGCCGUGCACGCUGAGUUCGCCGACAUGCAGCGCGGGCUCGAGGAUGAACGCCACGCCACAGCAGACUUCCGGCCGCGAGAGUUGCUCGAACGGCCGAACCUGCACCGGCUGCUUAUUGCUGGCGGCCUCUUCCUCGCACAGCAGUCGACCGGCUCGACGGCGCUGGCAUACUUCGGCCCCCAGUUCUUCUCGAUGCUCGUCGGGCCUGGCGACAAGAACCUACUGCUAACCGGCAUCUUCGGCGCCGUAAAAGUCAUCGCCUGUCUCCUCUUCGUGGUCUUCAUGUCCGACCGGUUCGGACGUCGCCCGCUGCUAGCCGGUGGUGCGGCGUUCAUGGCCGCAUGCAUGAUCGCCAUCGCAGCAGUACUGAAAACGCACCCGCCGCCCGCCGACGGCAGCGUAUCGUCCGCAGGGAUCGCGACCGUCGCCCUAAUCUACCUGGACAUCAUGGCGUACAAUUUCAGCUGGGGCCCGCUACCGUGGCCGUGCACGAGCGAGAUCUUCCCGACGCGCAUCCGCGAGCCGGGCGUGGCGUUCGGCGUCGGAUCGCAGUGGCUCUUCAAUUUCGUGUGGAGCUUCUCUACGCCCUAUAUCAAUGCCGGGAUUGGCUGGGGCACGUUUUUGCUGUUCGGCGUGCUGGAUCUGCUGAUUCUCGCAUUUACGGGUCUGUUUCUCAAGGAGACUGCUGGCAAGUCUCUCGAAGAAAUUAAUGAGUUGUUUGACGGCGUGGAUGUGGAUUCUGAGCAUGGAUGGAAGGCUGAUGGUGGCUUGCCUGAUCAUCGGCUUUCCUCUGAACAUGAAAAUACCCCUCGCUAUAAGGAUGCGACGGAGACAGAUCAGUUCGAUGUAAAGUCGGACUCGGUCAAGAAUGCCGCGACGCAUGUCGAGUCGACCGCUGGGCGGGCUUGA